AUGUUUGGCGCAUUAAAUCGCUUCAUCGGUCGGCUAGACGGGGAGCCUGGCCAGCAGCCUCGCAACGGCCCCAGUGACAAUGCAUUCGGUUUCCAGGUCCUCCGCAACAAAGACCCAGAACUGCCCCUAGAGCCAUGGUUUGACUUUAUUGUGGGCAUCAACGGUCAUACAAUUGAAGAUCCAGACCCGAACCUCUUUGCGACAGAAUGUCGAAAUUGCGCCGGGGGAAGCGUGACACUUGAGGUGUGGAGUGCGAAGGGUCAGCGAACACACACAGUCACUCAUCCUAUACCGCCAACGAACCCCUCCCUCGGCCUCGCUCUGCAGCUUGCUCCCCUCUCUUCUACACAAAACAUCUGGCAUGUUAUUGCAAUUCCGUCACCCCUCAGCCCCGCAUACCGAGCCGGGUUGCUACCUUACUCAGAUUAUAUCAUUGGAACCCCCAGCGGGACAUUAAGAGGGGAGUCGGCACUCGGGGAGUUGGUUGAAGAUCAUCUAAAUCGCACGCUGGUUCUGUGGGUUUACAAUAGCGAAUUCGAUGUGGUUCGCGAGGUUGAGCUUGUUCCUACCAGAGGCUGGGGUGGCGAGGGCGCCCUUGGUGCAGAGUUAGGAUUCGGUGCUCUUCACAGACUGCCCAUUGGACUUGGAGAAGAGGUUGAGGGACCAGGGGAAGUCGUAUUCGAGACACGCGAGGAUGGCACUGCUGCCCCGGUGGGCGGGCCCUGCAAACGCUCAAACAUCACAGCGCCCCCGCCCCUAGCCUCCGCUCAAGCAAGAGUUGCUUCGCCGUUAGAGAGCAGAUCACCCGCUAGCCGUCGUGCGGGGAAAUCACGGCCAGCGGCUUCGCCUAACAGGGCCUUUGAUGAUUAUUUCGCCGAGGGCGAAGAGAAAAGUCGGGCGCAAGACUAUGCGCCGUCACGGCAUGGAACUCCACUACCCCCGCCGCCGAAGGCAGGAGUCUCGUCCUCUCACUCGGGGAGCCCUGCGCCGGAAGGAUCACCAGGGCCUGCGCAGGAAGAAUGA